GACACCUCAGCAGUGAGAGCAGAUCAAGAUUCAGAGGGGAGGUGGAAACAGAGAGUUUGUUGUAUGACAUAAGAGACUACUGAUUUUUACAUCUAUCCAUUUUAUUUGCGGGUAUCAGUAUAUAGUGUCACCACUUUUACCACACCCAGUAACUUGACUGGGUGAUGUUGUUUUUUUUUCCCAUUUAUUUUUAUUAAGGAACUGGAACAACUGAGGCAAAGAGAAGAGGCUGAUCUGGCUGUGGAGAGUUCCUAGGUUUAUGUUCUGGUUGUCUUAACGAUCCCUAUACUGAUCUGGGCAGUGUUUCUCUCUUUACCAUGGUGGGCAGGUGGAACCUCCUGAUAUUGGCUCUAUGCCUCUCUCUCAUGGUCCUGUCACUGGCCUCUGACUGUCCCAACGGAUUCGUAUAUAAAAGGAAACAGGGCUGCAUUGAUUAUGAUGAAUGUGAAGUUGAUAAGGGGGAUACUCCUCCAUGUCAAAAGGAUAUGGACUGCAUAAACACCAAUGGCAGCUUCAUCUGCAAAUGUAAAGAUGGUUUUCAAUCACAAACUGAGAGUUCUUCAGCUGGACAAACAUGUAGAGAUAUCAAUGAAUGUGACGUGGACAACAUCUGUGGAGCUAACACCAUAUGUAACAACAAAAUUUCAAGUUAUUCCUGCACUUGUCGUGAUGGAUUCAUCUCCUCUACUGGAGUGAAAGAGUUUCAUGGAAAUGACAAUGUUACAUGUACAGACAUAGACGAAUGUGGAGAUAAAGAGGAAAAUGUCUGUGGUCAGAAUGUAAAAUGCAUCAACACACCAGGCCAUUAUAGAUGUGUCUGCAAUCUUGGCUUUGGACUGAAAUCUGGCAAAUCAAACUUCACUGGGAAUCAGGAGCAAUGUGAAGACAUAGACGAAUGUAGAGAUAAAGAGGAAAAUGUCUGUGGUCAGAAUGCAAAAUGCAUCAACACACCAGGCCAUUAUAGAUGUGUCUGCAAUCCUGGCUUUGGAUCUGGCAAAUCAAACUUCACUGGGAAUCAGGAGCAAUGUGAAGUGAUAAAGUGUGAUGGAUUCGAAGAUAUGCUCACUCUGACAGAGAAAUUUCCUGUUUCACAUGAUGUCAUGACACAGCUGAAGAAGAGCUGUUUGAGGCUCAAACAGAACCAAACAGUGCUUAAAGGGGAGGACCUACUGGAGAGACUGUUAUUUAUGAUUGACGAUCUCUCGUCCUGUGGAGCCUUCAGUAGUAACAGGAAAGUCUCCACCCUUCUGAAUGUAGUGGAGAUCGCUCUGAGGCUAAUAGGACCUUUCAUAAAGACCCCAGGGACAAAAAAACGUUCCAAAUUCACAGAGGUUGAUCUGCGGGUACAUAUGGGGGCUCAUUUACCCCAGGGACCUGUGAACAUAUCAUCUAAGCACGCUAAGGCAGACAUUCAGUGGGAAACAGCUGCAGGACAUCCCUCCUAUUAUCCUGGCUUUACAAUGCUGUCCUUGCUGACUUAUGAAAUCCUGGAGAAGUCUGCAGGCUACUUUAGUGGGAUGAAACUACUGAAUAACCAAAGUUUUGAGAUCAACUCCAAAGUGGUGACUGUCACCGUCAGUAACAGGAACACCAGCCACCUCGAGGAACCCAUUAACCUGACUUUCUACCAUCUGAAAGAGUCAAAUAGAACACACAAAUGUGUGUUCUGGGAUUCCUCGGUGGAUGAAGGGACAUGGUCUGAUCGUGGCUGUAGCGAGGUGACAUCCAACCCUAAAUAUACUGUGUGUUCCUGCAACCAUCUGAGCAGCUUUGCUGUGCUCAUGGCCACCUAUAAGAUAGCGAACAAGUUUGAGCUGCAGCUGAUCACCUGGGUGGGUCUGCCCCUUUCACUGGUUUGCCUGUUCAUCUGCAUUCUGACAUUCUCACUGAUCCGCUCCAUCAAGAGCCCAAGAACCACCAUCCACCUGCACCUCUGCAUCAGCCUCUUCAUUGCCACGUUUAUCUUCCUUGUAGGCAUCUCUCACACAGAGAACCAGACUGGCUGCGCAGUGGUUGCUGGGCUGCUGCAUUUCUUCUUCAUGGCAGCAUUUUGCUGGAUGUGUCUGGAGGGCAUCCAGCUCUUCAGGAUGGUAGUCCUGGUCUUUAACACCAACUUCAAAACCCUAUACAUGAUGGCAGGUGGCUACGGUGUCCCAGCUGUAAUUGUCACUAUCUCUGCCAUAACUAAUGCAAAGGGAUAUGGCACUGAGAGAUAUUGCUGGUUAAACCUGGAAUUAAUUUGGAGUUUCUUUGGCCCUGUCUGUUUCAUCAUCAUUAUAAACAUAUUCUUCUUUCUGAUCACUGCCUGGAAAUUGGCACAGAAGUUCUCAAGUUUAAACCCUGACCUGGACAGUUGUCAGAAAAUAAAGGCAUUCAUUAUAACUGCAGUGGCUCAGCUGUGUGUGUUGGGCAUCACAUGGAUCUUUGGAUGUUUCCAGUUUAAGGAGGACACUAUAGUCAUGUCUUACUUCUUCACCAUCUUUGCCAGCCUUCAGGGGGUUAUGCUCUUCGUCAUGCACUGUCUGUUUUCUAAACAGGUCAGGGAAGAAUAUGGGAUCAUCCUGUCAAGAAUCUGUGCACCUAAAAAGAAGAGAUACUCAGAGUUUGGCUACUCUAACUCCAGCAAAGCACAUGGAUCCAAGAGCACUGACACAGGAGAGUCUCGCAUCUGAGGAGCUAAACUGUGACUUAUUUCCUGAAGAUUGCUAUUUCAGACAUACAACCGACUCCUGCAUUCCCAAUUUAUGGCUAAUGCACCAGUUUGCUUUACCACAAAAUGUUGUGAAUAGUAUCCUUCUUUACCAUGCGCUGGUCUUUGUAAUUUUAAGCUAUACCAAUUGAACAGAUGAUUGUUAUAAUUUAAUAUAAACUAAGGUUUUAUUCUAAAACGAGAAAAUGACAUUUGUAAGUGAGUUUUACCAAAAUACAAGUUAUUUUGUCACCAACUGAAUAUCUUGAUAUUUAUAUGAACCAUAAUGUGCUUCACUUUCAUGCAAACACUGGUUUUAUCAGUCAAAUGGUGAACUCAUUUUAGAAAAACAAAAUCUUCAAAUAUUUAUUAAUUAAAUAUUUAUUUUAUUUUAUUUUAUUGAUUUUGGGCCAAAAUAUCAAAAUAAUAGAUAAUAUUAAGAAAACCUGUUUUAUCAGGUACAUCUAAAAUAGCUUGUUGUGUCAUCCAGGUACUUAAAUCAACCAACAAGACAAUCUGCGAGAUAUUUUAUGCACAGUGUGCACUUCUUUUAUCCACAGUAUUUAAAUUGUUACCAUGACCAAAAAAAAGAAAGACAAGAUAUUAAAUGUAUGUUUGUGUAUAUAUUGCUGGGUUUGUCUGUAUCCAUAUUUGACUGCAUUCCUGCUCCGUUAAGCAUACUGCACAUUUUUUAUAUGUUUUAUCUAAAUAUUUGAAAAGAGUUAUUUUUUAUUUGCUAAGCUUAAAUAGGUUUCAAAACUUGAAUUUUCAAAGAUAACAUUUGUUUUUAAUAGAAUAUUAGUAAUUUUGUAAGCUCUGGUUUAUUACACAUUUGUAAUUUCCAACUGAUGCUGUUUGGUCAAAAUACUUAUCUUUUGUAUUUACAUUUUCUGUCUUUCGCUGUGUGCAUUAUUAAUAGUGUGUUAAUUGUUUGUUUGUGUGUGUGUGUGUGUGUUUUGAUAUUUUUCAUGCCCCUCCUGGCAGCUUUAAAUGAAAUAAAUAUUCUGAUGUACCUCA